AUGGGCGCUUUUGGGGUCUCCACUACUGUUGAAGAGGAGGUCCCCGGGGGGAGGCUCGAGGUCUCCAUUACAGAAGAGGGAGCUCCAGGGAAAAGAGCGGAGGUUAUUCUCAUGGACGAGGAUGUCUCGGAGGCCCCCACCAAUGAUGCUCUUGCCCCUGAAGAGGUGGGAUCUGACCCUGCCAAGGACGGAGGUGUCACAGAGAAGGUAGGGGACAAACGUCCUGCCUCCCUUGAAAUGCCUGCCCCAGCUCCAGCUCGGAAGAAGUCCAGGGCUUCCAAGGGAUCAGCUCCAGCUCUCCCUCCUAUUGGAGAGAAGAAAGAAGGUUCUAAAGCAUCAACUCCGGCUCUCCCUCCUCCUGAAAAGAAGAAAGAUGUCCCUGUGAUACCACUGCUAUCUGCUCCUGACAACGAUAUUCUGAACGCGGAGGAUAUCACUCAUCAGUCUCCGGCGAGCGUGGUUGCUGAGAUUGUCAAGGAGCAGAUGUUUGAUGGCGUCAUGGAGGCUUCGGAUCCACGCUUGCUUGCUCUCACUGGUCUCUUAGCUAGCUCUACUAGGGAGCAAGCAGCGUUCCGUUCUCGACCUCGUGGGGAGCUCGGAGACACAAUCAGGGAGAUGCUUCUGAUGGUGACGGGCCUCUUUAUGGAGGUGGAUGCUCGCGACCACUCUCUCCGGGAAUCUAUGGACCGUCGGAUUGAGGAGGCGCGUCUGGAGGAGAAUUUAUCUGCAACUAGUGAUGCCAAGGGCAACCUCGCAGCAGCUCGAGUUCAUACCCAGUCCCUCCAGGUGGAGCUGCAUUCUACAUUGGAGGCCCUCGAAAGAGCUGACGGGAGGGCAGCUGAGGCACAGGAGCACACCAAGUCCCUGGAAUCAGAGUUGUCUCAUACCCGCAGGGUUCUCAAGGAGUCUGAUGAGAGGGCAGCUCAGCGGAGGUCCGAUGUGAAGAAGUUUUGA